UUCUAUUUAUAAAAUUGUAACAAAACCUCGCAACUCUGGAUAACAAAACGUUUAUUUUUUUUAUUUUGCAGCAUGUGUAUACACAGCUGAUGAAAAACAGUAAAUUUUAACUAAGAUGUAACCACACAUAAAAAAGUAAUAAAUUCUCCUGAGGUCUAAUUCGUCUACCGACGGCGUCGGGGAGAUGUCGUCUGACGUUUUACAUCUUUCCAGAUAUCUUAAAACACAGUCUGAGUUGUCUGAAUGUUAUGGCAAACCACAGCCCUCGUCUAAGUCAUUUACGGAGAAUAUUAAAGACAAAUGCAAACUUUCCAAAGUAUGCCCAUUUUUACUAUCAUUAUUUCCAAUCAUAAAUGUCUUAAAAACCUAUAAGUUCCGGGUGUACAUCUUAGAUGAUAUAAUAAGUGGCUUAUCUGUGGCUUGCCUUCAUGUACCUCUGGGACUUGCAUUGGGCAUAUUAGCAUCAUUAUCGCCGGCGUAUGGGUUGUACACGUCAUUCUUUCCAGUGCUUCUGUAUGCUAUUUUUGGAACAUCUCAACACGUUUCGAUUGGAACAAAUGCUGUGAUUGCUAUUUUGACAGCAGAACUGGUUGAAGUGCAGUUAGAACAGUAUGAUUUGAGUCAUAACUCAGCCUUUAACGGUUCCACGGAUAAUAAUCUAACAACAACUUAACCGGACACCGAGAAUUCGGAUUUAGAGUACAAAGUGUCGGUAGCAGCAGGCUCGUCAUUUAUUGUUGGAUUGUUGCUGUUCAUCAUGGGGUUGUGUCGAAUGGGUUUUAUUACAUCAUAUUUGUCAACGUCUUUCAUUGCAGCUUUUACCACAACCGGUGCUAUUCAUAUCAUUUCCAGCCAAAUCCCUAAUGCACUUGGCAUAACAAUUCAACCCGUUAACAAACCAGGAAAGCUGAUAUAUGUUUAUAAUGAAAUAUUCAAAGCGUUUCCAAACAUUCAUGUUGCUACAUUAUUGGUCUCCAUCAUAUGCUUAAUAAUACUUGUAUUGGUAAAAGAUGUUAUUAAUGAGAGAUGCAAAAACAAAAUGAAAAUGCCAAUACCAAUCGAUUUUAUUUUAGUUGUCGUAGCAACAAUUAUUUCGUACUUUGCAAAAUUUCAUGACAACUUCGGUAUAGCUGUAGUAGGAGAAAUACCUGCUAGACUGCCAACGCCGCAGCUACCUCGAUUGUCUGUAGAUAUAAUAGGACAUAGUGCUGUCGUCGGUACAAUCGUGUUUGUACUUACGAUUUCGAUGGCCCGACUUUGUGAAGUGAAACACGGAUAUUCAGUUGACGACAAUCAAGAACUCGUCGCUUACGGCAUUGCAAAUUUAGGUGGGUCUUUUUUCUCCUGCUUUCCGGCUUGCGUUGCACCACCUCGUACAAUUGUCUUGAGUACAAUGGGAGCAAAAACGACAUUUAGUGGUAUGGUAUCAGCUGUUUUUGUAUUGCUUGUAAUAAUAUUCAUAGGAAAAUAUGUUGAAUCAUUACCUAAAGCUGUUCUUGCCGCUAUGAUUAUCGCAGCUAUUAAAAACCUCUUAUACCAGUUCAAGGACCUACCGAUGCUGUGGCGAGUAAACCGAUAUGAUUUUGUUAUCUUUGUGGGUACAGUACUGAGUGGUGUCUUUAUUGAUUUUCCUUACGCUUUGUAUGUAGGAGUUCAACUUUGUCUUUUAACAGUUGUUGUGCAAAGUCAAAAAUCAACUUCGUAUACCAUUGGAAAAGUUGAGCAGGAAGAUCGUCUUCUUGAUCAAAAGACGCACUAUGUUCCAUUAAGUAACCCGAAAAUUGCGAUAUUCCGAAUGGAAUCAUCUCUUUACUUUGCUACAUCUGACAAAUUUAUAAAGGAAUUAUACAAAGCAACAUUUAAUCCGAAAGCCUAUCGAAAACAACCGGAUUUAAAUGUUGAAAUUAUCAUUAGUCAAAGCAAAAAUAACGGUAACAAUGAUAUAGGUAUUUCUUUGUCCAAAACAAAUCACGAAAACGAAAAACCCGUCGUACCUCUUACGCAUAUUAUUAUCGACUGUUCGUCUAUGAACUAUAUCGACAUGAAUGGUAAGAAGGCUUUAAUACAGAUCAACUCCGAAUACAAACAAGUUGGUGUCGUCGUCAUGUUGGGAAAUUGUACUCAUUUCAUGAAAACGUUCACGGAGAAAUCGGAUUUAUCAGAGGAAAUAGACAUGAAAAAUGUGUAUUCUGACAUUUUAGAUGCUUAUUUUGCAGCAACGCAUUAAGAACAUUAUACAACUUUGAAUUGACAUUUGUAAGUGGUGCUAUUGAUUAGAAUCUAUCGUUUUAUUUUUGAAUUGCGCAGUUAAUACAGUCAAUGUAUCUAGUGUACAUAAUUUACAUACAUACAAAAGAUUAUACCAUUUGCUUUUCAAAUUAAAUCCUUAUUUGCUAUAAAAUUAAGAUUCAUUGAUUCAGAAGUUAAUCCGACUGAUCUUUAACAUGACACUUUCUUUAAGAUUUUCUCGGGAAAGUAGGACUGACGAAUGGUCAUUACUAUAAUGCGCAAAAGGCGUCUUUUUUCGUUCUAUUUUAUCUCAUUUUGGCAUUACACAAUUUUAUAUCAAAUUUCAAUGCAGUUAUUUCACAUAUGUCGCAUUGAGAAAUAAUUUAUUGAAUAAAAGGUUGUUUUUUUUUUUAAAACAUGUUCGCCACACCUUGACAGAUUUAUGUACAUAUCUGUUAAAGGGUGUUUGUUUUAUUUUUUGGUCAUAUUAUAUUAAUUGAACAUA